UUUUCGCAUUAACAGCUAUGCUAUAUAAAUUAAAAUAAUUUUACAAUAUAAAAUCGCUGAAUUAUGAUAUUUUUUUUUAAAUUGUUAAGCCUGAGGCUAUUGUAUACUUUUAGAUUAAAUAUGAUUGGAAAUGAAGCAGCGCCAAGCAAAUACAAACAGAAAUUUUUGGAUAAAUAUUCGGAGAUGAUCAACGAGAUCAGAUUUCAUCACUUUAAGGAUUACAAUGGCAUCAAUAAAAACGAAAAUCUAUUCUCGAUUUUCAAGGCAGGUCUCCUGGAUAAUAUUCUUUCCCAUUUCAACAAAAUCUGGGACUGCAUUGAUACAGACGAACAUUUGCAUGUACUGGAAGUUCUAAAAACGGACCCAAGAAAUGAUUCUGUUAAAAAAUGGCGCCCUACAGGGAAAUCAGCUGAGGAGCAAGUGCGGCCUUUGGUGGUUAACAAAUUGAAGUGGCAAAUCAAAUAUUACAAAAAACAAAUUCAGUUCCAGAAACAGCAACUAGAGAAUGCGGUUGCGAGAAUCGAAACCGGUCGAAAACGACUAGCUGAAGCCAAGAUAGAAAGAGAGGCUGUCGUAGCUGCCGUUACUAGUGAACUAAGGGAUUUCAAGCGCAUUGAAGCCCAAAUAACGGAUAUCGAUGAAAAAAUAAACAACGAUUUGCAACAAUGAGUUUAUAUAGAUUAGUUCUUACAUAAAUCAGAUUUGGUUGAUUUUUUACUUUAAGGCUUGUAUUUACACUUGCGAAUUCUUAAAAUGUGCGAUAAGGGGGCAGGUCCUGUAAUAAAUUUCUGUAUCUGUCAACAUAAAACAUUAAAA